GUUUGUUAAUUUCGGGCUACGUAAAAAAAAACACCUUGUAAACUACCAUUAACAUAUUGAUCCAGUAAACAAGAAUGGCUAAAGGGAUUGCAACCAAGUUCAAUCUCAUCAUUCUGGUAGCCCUUUUCUUUGGUUCUACCCAGCCAACAAAGUCAUCAAACGAUACGAAAGAUAAGAUAAUUACCCAAGCAAUUAAUGAGUUAAAGUUGGCGAUGGAUAAUCUUAACUCAAUAUCUUUUGAGGAGAAUAAUGACGGUAUUCUCGAGCUUCAAUCAGCCCUUGGAGGACUGAUUCAUGCAUUAGAAAGCAAAGGAUCAGCCAUUGACUAUUCCGAUGUGGAUGCCGAUAUUAGAAAAGUAAUUAACAGUUUCAAGUCACUCCGAGAAUCGGCGAGAUCAAACUCGCCGGAAUCACUUGGAGCCGUGCCGGCUUUUCCUUUUUCCAUUAUGACAACUGUCGGAAAACUUAUAGUCAAAGUCGUUGGUAUUCUGGCAGGUCUGAUCACAUAACAAAAUGUAAUCCCCUAUUCAUAUUUGCCAUCACAAAUAAUUACAAAUUUAAAGGAUAUUCUUGCCAGGUACCGACCUAUCUCUAAUAAAAACGUACGCAAAAGAUUUGCUUGCUUGCUUUUGUAAUACUAGUGCACUCAUUAUAACAAGGUGGGAAAUUAAUAACUACAGUAGCCUCAAAGUUUAUGUAAUCACACUACUGUAACAAGACAU